GCCGACUGCGAGCCGCAGGACGAGCAGCCCACCGGCUCGCUUUGCUUCCAAAUCGGAAUCCGUGAUGGCAAUUUAAGAAGCCACACGCCGAACUGAAGGACAUGCAACAUGGAGAGACCGUCAUUGGAGAAGGGGAUUAGAGCUACACAGAAGUCAGUUGGCACACACAGGCUGGUGAAUCAUCGAUGCUGAGCAAAAAAGCCACUUCAGCGUCAGACUGAGAGAUGGAGGAGGUCAACACGACAACAUGCCUGACUAUGGAGAGAAGGAGCAGCGAUUUAGUGACACCUGCGGGUCAAAUGAUAUCACUACAUAUAUACACUAGAUCAAUGUAACGUAUAAACACACACUGAGCACUUUAUUAGAAACACCUAUACAUUUAUGCCAUUAACUAAUAAGCAGAUUGAGUGGCAGCAGUGCAAUGCAUAAAAUCAUGCAGCUUCAGGUAAUGUAAUGUAAUGUAAUGUAAUGUAAUGGGUAAUGUUCACAUCAACCACCAGAAUGGGGGGAAAAUGUGAUCUCAGUGAUUUUGACUGUGGCAUGAUUGUUGGUACCAGUAGGGCUGGUUUGAGUAUUUCUAUAACGGCUGAUCUUCUGGGAUUUUCAUGCACAACAGUCAAUAAAAAGUUUAUUCAGAAUGGUGCAAUAAAGAGAAAACAUCCAGUGAGCGGCAGUUUUGCGGACAAAACACCUUGCUGAUGAGAGAGGUCAAUGGAGAAUAUCCACACUGGUUCGAGCUGACAGAAAGGUUACAGUAACUCAGAUAACCACUCUGUACAAUUGUGGUGAGCAGAAAAACAUCUCAGAAUGCACAACAUGUCGAACGUUGAGGCAGAUGGGCUACUAGAGCAGAAGACCACCGAGUCUGCAGUGGGCACAGGCUCACCAAACCUGGACAGUUGAAGACUGGAAAAAUGUAGCCUGGUCUGAUGAAUCUCUAUUUCUGUUGAGGCACACAGAUGGGAGGGUCAGAAUUUGGUGCCAACAGCAUGAAUUCAUGGACCCAACAGUCAACAGUCCAAGCUGGUGGAGGUGGUGUAAUGGUGUGGGGAAUGUUUUCUUGGCACACUUUGGGCCCUUUAAUUCCAAGAUGAGACAGGCAUGAGAAAAUGUCUUACUAAUGCUAUUAUGUAGAGAAGUUUGACCAAAUUUGCUAACUUGGCAAUCAAAUUAUUUAGCUUAAUUGAUCAUUUUUACAAAAAUAUGUGUUUCGCAAAUAUUUAUGGACGGAUUUCAGCUGCCCUUAGUGAGUUUUGAAAAAACAGGUUUUCAGGUUUUCUCACUGCAGGGAAACCUCUCCAAAUUUCUUGUCAGUGCAACACAUCGAACUUUGAGCUGGAUGUUACAUACAGUACAUAUGGAUGUAGUAUGAUAAACAUUAAGUUGAAAAAUGCUGGAAUUUUCCUUAAAGAGGAUUACUCUUAGACUUCGGAUUUUUGCCUGGUUUACUUAUUAAAGCAGACUAAGCACUUACAAAUCUUGAAAUCAUACUUCAAAAGAGAUGCUACAGGACAAAAUAAUGCAUUUUUUCAUUCAGUAUAUACUGCUAUUGCAAAUGGUAUUGUGUAACCAUUUCCAAUAUCCUUAUCAUGAUAAAUCGUAACAUGCCUCUUCAUGAUGAAUUAUUUAUAACUAAAGUCAGCAUGACUGCUGCUAAACAGGGAUAAAUAAAGUUUUAAAAGGAACGACCUUUGGCCUUGUGUGCUGACCUUUUCAUGCUUGGCUUCUUUCGCUGGCAGGAGGCUAGUGUCCAGCUCCAUCUGUAACUGCUCUGGUGUAACUGGAGUAACAAAGGCAACACAUUGCCUGGAGAUCUGAUCCACAGCUGUAGUGGCAUUACAGAGCACUGCUCACUUGAUCAAAUGUCUCAUUGUAUUACAGACGAGGUGUGGAAAGAGACAGAGAUAGAGAGGGAGGGAGGGAGGAGUUUUUCAGAAAGGUAGCCAGUCGGAUGGUCAGUUACCACUUAUUACAUUAACUUAUAUUCACUUUAUUACUGGAAUGGAAUAUUACUUAGCAAAUUAUUAGCACAUGCAUUUACGAAAACCUUUUGGUCUUUAUUUGUGACUUGUUUUUCUUAGCAACAUGACAAUUUUUGGGAUUGAGAUCAACAAGACCUAUAUCAAAUAGCCGUAGCCAAUCUUUUGCUGAAAAUGCAACUGCUCAGAGUCAUUUCUUCAGUUGCCAUUUUCUUCAUUUGAACUUUCCUGGAUCAGCUUGUUGGAGACAUGGUGGGGUCAUUGUGAACUUUCCAUUGCAUCCUGGGACAGUGUCACCUACUGAGGGUCGGAGAUGAAAGGAUGAGACAGAAAUGAUGGCUUACCUUGAAAAGAAAACUGGAGAACAACAGCAGCCUGCCACAAAGAGAGAAAACACUGUGGGCAAGACCUCUGUUAAGGAGGAGGUGGAGUCAGGUCACUUUGAGGCAGAUACAGAGAGCGAGGACCUCCCGAACAUCAGGACCCCCAGUGUGAUCAACGUGAGCCCCUUCGGCAGUUCAGUAGGAGGCUGGGGGACCUCCAGACCACCGCAGUACUUCGACCCCAACACCCAUGACCCACAUGUUCCUGUUGGCUUUCCUGCUGAGGCAUCAAAUCCACUCCCCAUCUACAAAACACACACCGUUAAGACAUUUUAUAAUUCACACAGGACAUCCAUUAUUAAAGUGCGGCCCUUCAUCCAUGGAGAAAAUCUAUCAGACUCUCAGUCCAUGCGCUGGCCAGACAUACCACGCAAGCUGCUGAUGCUGCUGAUAAUCAUUUGUUUGUUAAUAGCAGUGACUCUGGUUCUAGGAAUUGGUCUGGGAGUGGGUUUGAGCUGCUCAGGAAAAUUCCGCUGUGUGUCUACAGCUAAGUGUAUCAAGAGAUCCGCUGUCUGUGAUGGAGUCAAAGACUGUGGCGAGGGAGAGGAUGAACUCAACUGUGUGCGAGUGAGUGGGAGACACUCCGUCUUGCAGAUUCACAGUAGGGGCAUAUGGAGCUCUGUGUGCUGGGAGAACUGGAGCACCAAUCUGGGAUUCUCUGCCUGCAAACAGCUCGGCUACAACAGUUAUGUGAAUUCCACUUCAAUCCCUCUCUCUUCUGUUGAGUCAGCCUUCACGAAAAACGUAGUGAUGAUUAGUUCCCGCUUUCCAAUACAUCAUCAAACCUUCAAAAUUCACAACACCUCCUUCCUCAGAAUGGCUCAGUGCAUAUCUGGGUUGGUCACGGUACUUAAGUGUAUAGAGUGUGGUACCAGACCUGGGUUCAGGACCAGGAUUGCAGAGGGAAAUGUAUCUCUCUCUGGGCAGUACCCAUGGCAGGUCAGCUUGCAGUACCAGAACCAGUAUCUCUGUGGAGGAUCACUAAUAACCAACCAGUGGAUAGUCACUGCUGCACACUGUGUAUAUGGCUUUGCUAAUCCCGCUUUCUGGACAGUUCAGGUGGGCCUCACAGACCAGCCUCUGAGUGGAGCAGCAGAUCUCUCUGUGAUGAAGAUCUUCUUCCAUAGUGCAUAUCAUCCAGAAGGCCUUAGCUAUGAUAUCGCUCUCAUUAAACUAACACAGCCACUCACAUUCAACGGUCAAGUACAGCCCAUCUGUCUGCCUAACUAUGAUGAAGGGUUCAGUUCAGGAUCCAUGUGCUGGAUAUCAGGAUGGGGAGCAACAAAAAUAGGUGGAGAGGUGAGUGUGUCUCUACACUCUGGACUGGUUCCUCUCCUCUCUAUUCGAGAGUGUGGAAUCCCAGGACUUUCACCAUGGAACAUCUGUGCUGGGUAUCUGACGGGUGGAGCGGGCACAUGCCAGGGGGACAGCGGUGGGCCACUGGCCUGUCAAGCCUCGGUGUGGAAGCUGGUGGGAGCAGCGAGCUGGGUUCAGGGCUGCGGAAAACUGAACAGCCCAGGAGUUUACACCAGUGUAACUUACGCUCUUCCGUGGAUACACCAGACCAUGGAGAAAGAAGAGGAACGAACUGUUUGAGUAUCAUUUCUGCACGGACCACUGAAUACAACUCCCAUCUACAUAGAAGUGUACUAGUAAUCUGACAUGGAUUGAGAACUAUUUUACAGAACUGGUGCACAAUCUACACUGAGGCACAAUCACACUUUAAUGGUUUAUGAGCAUAAUAGCUGUUUUGCUCUGUGCUGUCACAGAUGGGUAAGCAUUAGCACAUGUUUAAACUACUGAAAUUGUUUGAGAGAAUAAUACGUUAUAUUUAUAUGUUUAUUUAUGUAUCCACAGAUUUGUUUCUAAUCUAUUUAUUUUUAAACUACUAUUUUUGCACACACAGCUAAAGGCAGGAUCUUAAACACUCAUCAGUGUUUGUAUUAGAAAUAAAUGACACAUCUAAAUGUCAUUCACGACAGUGUACACAGAUAUUGCAUCACAGUUGCUAGAAAAGAGAUAAGUGAAAGUCAUAAAUUAUGUCAUUAUUAGCUAGGUAGUAGCCUACUAGCUAAUUAACAGUUUGGAAGAGAUAGUAGUUAUGAAUCAAUGUUUGGCUAAUUCACACCAAACAUGGUUCAGAAGCGAUGCGGCACCUAUGCUUCCAUCAUAAGUGUUUCAAUCCACUCCAGCUAUGUUAGAGAGGCGUAAAAAUCGAGUCAUCACAUUGUCCUACUUUCAGCUAUCAAGCUUGUCAUACUUUAGGUUUGAAUUGCGCUAGUCAUUAUUUUAUAGCCUAGUUAAUUAGCUUUCCAGGCAACCAAAACAUGAAACUGGGCAAGCAUAUUAAAUUUUAUUCAUAUUAAAAACAUACUAAUCCCUGCGUAGUUAGCUAGCUAACCUCUAUGCUAAUGAUAACUAGCAUUUUGGUAACCAGCGUAUAUAAGGGUGAAUAUAGCUAUAGUAUGAAAUUGGCAAUAUGGAGUCCUUACACUGGCAAAAAUAUAUAUUUUUGUAGUAUUUUCUAAAACAAGAUGACAUUUCAUAAAUUUUUUCUCACAGGCAUAAAAAAAGUUAUUUUAUGUUAUUAAUUAAUUGCUAUGCUUUAAUCGGCAUAGUAAUAUUUUAAAUAGUAGAAGAGCUGACAAGCAGAUGUAACUGAAACUUUUUUUUUUUUUUGCAGCUAUAACAUACUAAAAUAAACAACGAGCAAAGGCUCUUUACUCAAUUAUUGAGUUUAUUAUAAAACAGAGAAAGGCAAACAUGAGCGCGAGUGUGAAAAGCAGCUCGAGUAGCUUAAAAAGAGUUCAAUUUUUAAUUGAAUAUUUCACCUGAAAAAUGUUUCUAAUAAUAAAUGAAGGCUAUUGGGGGCACAUUAGCAUUAUGCCCAUGUAGUCAUACUCAUUCGUUGUUAGCCAAGUCCUGUUAGCAUCACAUUAACAUAUUCAGGUGAGGUGUUCGGUGUAUAAAGCUCGAAGGGAAACAUGCAGCAUGUGGAAACCCACCAUGCAAAACUAAAUGAAGUCAGAUCAGCACUGAUCUUUUCACCACACACGGCGACGGCUGAAAAAUUAAACCACACUGUGAUAAGAAAGCUUAAGAGAAAGUGGCAAAAAACGAAUCAAAAUCCAAAAUGACACAAGA